AUGGAUGCCCAGGUUCUCCCCAUCCAUCGGCUACCUACCGAGCUCCUCCGCUCAAUCCUCCUCUUCUCCGUUGGCAAAGGCAAUGCCAGUUGCUGGAAAUGUGGGCACAUCGACUCGCGACUUCGGGGCAUCGCACUAGCAACACCUCACCUCUGGACAGAAAUCAUCAUAAACCAGUACCCAACUAGCAAUUUCAGCUCCUUGACCGAGAAGCUACGCGUACAGCUCCAUCGAUGUGGGCCAGUUGUUCCGCUCUCCAUAUACUGGAACACCUGUACCACCGUGAGCUACCUAUCGCAAUUGCUCCUGUUGUUCAUCGAGAAUGGAGCUUCAUUCGAUCGAUGGAGGUUUCUCAUGGCCAACGCAUGUGAUUUCUUCCCGGACAGUAUGCUCGAGGACAAGCGCCUUGGUGAAUUCACAGGUUUGGAGGAACUUAUUCUGGGCGGUGUAUGCCCCAAGUUCUUCUUUCAUCACCUGAAGAAGACUCGAGCUUUCAAAAGACUGGAGAGACUACAAGUUGAUGACGAUGGUGUCGAGAUUCCAUUCAUCACCUUUGAUGAACUCGCGACGGAUCUACCAAAAGUCAUGAGCACAAUCAAAGAGCUGAGUAUGGACUCGAAAGCAAACCUUCCGCUCGUCCUCCCACAGAACAUAGUUAUUCUCAGCUUGAGAGUAUUGAACUCUUCAUACCAUUUUCAUUACCUGACAAAACUAAGCAUCCAACACUGCGCCAUACUGCUUAGUCCACCUGAUAUACCCCUCGUAACGCACCUCGACGUCUAUUUCGAGACUUUGCCCCCGGAAAAUUUGGUACUCGAAUAUCCAUCACUCACUUCACUCGUACUUAGGACAGUCAUCAACGACUUGCGGCCACUCACUUGGCUCGCAGCUCCAAAUCUCGCAUUUCUCGAAAUCAAAUAUCAAAACAGGACAUCCUGCCUGGACUUUCACAGAGAUGGGCCUCCUUUUACCAAGCUUAAAUUCCUCACAUAUCCAUCUGUCUCCGAAGUGCGGUUCAAUUCUUCGAUGCCACCGGACCUGGUUCAGACUUUACUCCCUCUGUUCCCUGCCAUGCAGACAUUCGCUAUCCAACACGUCGUCACUCUCUCCGAUAAAAUGAUCGCACUGCUCGGACGGGUUAGACAGUAA